UUUGUGAGGCAGUGACUGUCCCCUCUCCCACUUUGUGUGUGUGUGUGUGUGUGCUGCAUACUUUUUCCAGCAUCAAUGAAGACAGGACACAGGGGGAAAAGCAGCACUUGUGAGCCUCCCGGUCCCAGGCGACCAAUUCCCUGCAGCCUUCACUCCAGCGCAGAGUGAGGAAGAGGAGGCUGGCCUUCCCUCCUUCCCUCAGGUCUCUGAGGACCCAGCGGGGUGCCGACGGGAACGGGCACUGUGAACUGCAGUAACUGGACCAUCCCGACAUGAUAGAAGACUUUUCAUGGAUACGCAGACCAUGAUCAUCCCCUAUUGCUCUAAGUUAGCUGGCAACUGGACAAAAGAGCACGCAGCAAUUGGCAGAGAAUCGUGCUCUUCCAAAAGAAAAGUUUUGGGACUGGCAGGACGGUCAUACGCAAUUGCUUUUUUUCUGGUAGUGUUUGUACCCUUUUGAUUUUUUUUGCUCUUUUUUUGUUGUUGCCAUUUUUCCCUUGAGAAAGGCAUGUCCUUUAAACGCAGCAGGACUGAGAAGGUUGUGCCAGCUGACAGGAUUCAGAUGUCCCGUGCACCUCGCGCUGCUCAGCAUAAUCUCCUUCAUUUCAGCGCCUCUAUCUUUCGUUUAAUGUAGCUGGACGUUAUUUAUGGGCAAUCACUGAGGAGCGCAGAACACUGGUGGGAUUCUGCAGGCACCAGACUUUAAUUGGAAACGCAUCCGCAUUGGAUUUCAACAACAGCAAAUGGACUGAAAAUCAGCAUCCACUAUGUGAGCUAUUCAGAGGUCAGUAUAUGACUUUUGAGGGUCUUUGAUUCCUGGAUGGGAGCUGUUGGACACCAGACUCGAAGGUGCAGGUUAGAGCACCUAUAAGACCACAGCGACUGACCUGAGGACUGCAAAGGAGCAUCUAUGGAGGUCAGGGUGACCCAGGAUGCAUUUCUUCCUUUCCGGGGGCAGAUACAUAGCGGACAGCCCUCUGCUGCAUGCAGCGGCACUGCCGGUGGCGUGGAUUUAGCCACACCACCCUUCCCCACCCCUACAGUCCCCCCUGCCCCUCCCAGACCGGGGCAGCAGGGUGGCUUCAGGAAGGUGUGCCGCACCGAGGAGGCCAGCCCAUGCCCCUUCCCGGGGCUGGCGGCGGGCGUGCUGCAGAUGCGGGUGAAGGAGGGCAGCAAGAUCCGUAACCUGAUGGGCUUUGCCAUGGCCCGCAUGCAGGUGGAGGGCGGGGAGGGCGGGCAGGGCGGGCGGGGUGCCGGAGGGGCGGCGAGGCAGAUCGUUUUCGCAGGCUCCGGCCGCGCGGUCACAAAGACCAUCACCUGCGCGGAGAUCAUGAAGCGUAAGGUGCAGGGGCUGCACCAGGUCACCAAGCUGCACUACAAGGGCGUGCAGGAGGUGUGGGAGAGCCAGGAGGGCGGAGCCUCCGAAAUGACCGUGCACAGGACCGUCCCGUCCAUCAGCAUACUCCUCUCCAAAGACCCACUGGACCCCCAGGAGCCCGGCUACCAGCCCCCCGCGGCCGUCAGCGCUCUCUGGGAGGCACCGUCCCAGGAGGAGAAGGAAGGAAGAGAGCUCCCCCUGACCGCAAACAAGAGGCCCUAUCAUCCCUCAACCCAUCCCAGCCAGACUGACACUAAAAGAGUCUGUUUAAUGGACAGGUCUCAUCAGUGCUGACAAACCUGUUUUCUUAGGGACAAUACAGGACAGGGAUGAGUACUGUUCACUAUGUGCCACGCACAGGAAAAACUUACUUUGGGACUUUGAGACAGAGUGAUACUCAUUCUGAUAACAGCCAGAGUUAAUCUCCAGAGGUUGAUCUAAGUGAGAACUGAAUGCUUAUCUGUAAAUUUAUUGCAUAUAUUACAUAAGGAAAUAAGGGAUAAUACUUUCACCAGUUUGUGAGGAUUGUAAGGAUACAAGCACACACAAGAAAGACUGAAGUUCAGUUUAUUGCUUGAAUGCCAUUUGAAUGUUACAGGACACAAAGCAUUUCCAUUGUUUUAGAGGUAUAGAACUUUAGCGGAUGGUAAGUGACCAUAUUUCUACAGAUCUUCUGCGUUAAACCAUUUGUUUAAACUUUUUAUUAAAUUGGUUUUAUUCAAAUACACGGUAAGUUGUGAAUACUAUGAUUGAUGCUAUAAUUUAAGACAAAAGCUUAUGUACAUAUUGCUCUGAUAUACUGAGACAAACACAUCCUAAUAAGUGGUCCAUAUGUUCCAUUAAAGUAAUAUAUUCAUUGGA